GACAAACUUUCUGCCACCCAAUCCGUCGCUUGGCGGCGUGACGUUCGCACUGUGACGUCACAGGUCAUUGCGGUGUUUCCGCGCGCGCGACGAAGUUGACCUUGCAUAUAGAAACAAUCUCGAAUCCAUUUUUUUUCAAUGGUGCUUCGACCACGUCGUUUUAGUGCGGGAGCAUAGUAAUUAUAAUUUUUCGCAAUGACUGCAAACGCAACGGGAGCACCGGCUGAAAAUCCUGCGAGCUCUCUCGGCCAAGAUGCUCUCAGUUUACAAAUAUCUCUCCCAGAAAUGUUGGAUCUCGCACUGGGAACCCCCGAGAUCGGUACGGUUAAUUUGAACAUACUUCACAAUUUUCUUCACGUGUUGCUGCAUCAAAUUAAUCUUCGUACGACGAAAGUUGAGUACAGAGGCGAUGAAGCGAAUCGUAUACAAGCCAUGAUUAAAAGUGCUAAAGCAGGGACGAGCUUGCAACUUCAUGAAUAUAGUAUAAUCAAUUCAGGUUCAAAAACGAUCCAGCGUGACUAUGACAGUCGGAAAGAAAUCAAUGCUGAUGUUUAUACUCGCGAUGUAGACGGUGUUCCUGACUCGGGUAAAUCUGAUAACGCAGAAAGAACGGCUGCGAGUGCACCGGCUACAGCACGAGGGAAAAACGACACAAACAAAGAUCCUGCAAGCGGAGUGUCUGCAGCCAAAAAAACAUCAGGAUCAAAGCAGCAAAUAAGUGCUGGAAUGAAGGGGGAACGCCAGUCCGUCAUUUUUGUUGAACCAGUCGUUAAUGGGGCAACUCCAACGGCUUUAGGCUUUAAAAAACUUGAGGAAACAGUGGUCAAUCUCCAGCAGAGAUUCGAAGCACUUGAUGAACUAGCUAAAAAUCCUGAGAUGAUAGAACGUGUUAGAAGCAGUAAAACUGAUCCUCUCAGCGACAUGUGGCACGUUAUAAAUAUAAACAAAAGAUUGGAUGCUUGUGAAAAAGGAAUUGAAAAACUCACAACGAUGGUGCAAGAUUUGAUCAAGGGCGACAAAAUUGAGAUCAGCCCUUCGGGAGGAUCAUCCAAAGAAGUGGAUCAUCUAAACGAACGAAUCGUCGAAUUGGAAAAUCAAUUGGGUUAUCUUAGCGGUGAUUUGUCAAAUUUGAUGAGCACAGUGAAUGCAGAAGGAAAAGCAGGGGAUCCCAAGGCCAAUGCGACUCAACCAACAAAUGAAGAAUCUAAAAAUUCUGCUAAAGAAGGGAAAAAGGAAGCACCGCAAAGCUCUUCGAGUACUAAGGAAUCUGGAGCUAAUGUUCCCUCUGCGAGUAAUGAUCCGGGAACCCCUGCAAUUGGUAAGGAAAACGAAUCUCCAAAACCGCCCGCCACUGGUGGAGAUCCUGGUACUGCGGCCAGUGAUACAUCCAAGGAAACAUCCAGCACAAAAAAAACAGAUAACAAAAAAGCACCUGAAAAUUCAACUGCGAAAGAAAAACCAAAGCCAAAUCAGGAACGACGCAGCGUUAUAGGAGGCAUUGACUUAACGGAUCUCAAGCGCGACGUAAACGCGUUGAAAAAUGAAAUGGUCGAAGUGAAAAAAAAUGUUGGGAAAUUGAACUCGAAACUUGUUGAAGUCCUUGAAUCACCAAGACCGUUCAGUCAGCCACCGAAGGACCCUGUUACAACUGGUGGGGUUGCUACUGUUGCAGAGGAAACAAAGGGUCCAGCUGUUCCAAAGAUCACUGGAAGUGCUCCUGCUGUUUCGUUCGCUCAAGAAAGUGAAAAUACCGAGGACGUAUCGAGUCCACCCAGUACAGAAUCGCCAUCGAAGUUAUCCCUGAAACGAACUGAAUCCCGAGUCGUGAGAAAAGUGCAAGCAUCGAAUCGCUCCCCAGUUUCUGAGCCUCAAUCCUACGAGCAUAGUAUUGAAGAACUCGAGGCCCGAGUUUCGGAGCUGGAGAAAGAAAUUGGAUGUGUUAAUGAAAAGCUCAACAACGAUCCAAUGAAGUUAUUGGGCGCUGAUGGAAAUGGAGGAGUUGGGGAUUUGGUUGCAAAGAUUCAAACGAUGAAAUCAGACAUGGAGAAAAUGAAUUCGCUGGCAUCACGAUUGAUGGACGAAAAGGAAAAUCGGGAGUCGCAUACGAACGCCCUGAUCGAGCAGAUCGAACUCCUGAAAACGAUCAAGGCCGAUAAAGAAGAUUUAGAGGAUGCUCUUGCUGAUAAAGCCGAUGCUCGAGCCGUUAAUAGGAAAGUUUCUCACGAUCAGUUCGACGCGGCUUGUGACGAUCUUGCGCGUGGUCUCGAAGACGCUAUUACGAAACUCAGCCAACAAGAAUCCGUGUGGCAGCAAGCACUUGACGAGGUUCAACGUGAGAUCGAGGGAAAACUCGAUAAAAUUGAGAUUUCACCACUCAAGGAUUUUGUUAACAAUCGUCUUAAGACGUUGCAGGAAAAACUAAAAGCUCUGGCAGAAAUGCGACGAGAAAAUGAAGCUGCUGGUACUAAGAAAAUGUUGAGCGAUGUACAAUGCAUAUCGUGCGAUGCAAACGUUGUCAUGAAAAUGGAAGACGGCGGUUCCAAUUAUCGUGCACCGGCGUUGCCAUGCUCGAAAAGCAUAAAACCGUAUUUGACCUAUGAACUUGAUCAGGUGAGAAAGCAACAGAGAAAAUUACCAACAAGCAGAAAUAUGUUACAAUUCGAAGCAGCUAUGCAAGACCUCGCUAGGAAGUCAAAACCGGUGAAAGAAGAAUUAUCAAUGAAAUCUCCAAGGGACCAUCUCUGCAACCGUUAUUGUGGUGGAAGUCACACGAUAACAACACCUCAGCAAAGGGUCAUGAGAAUGGGACACUUUUUGACCCAAUGGGGCCCCGAGGCCAUACAGCUCACCGAGGGUGUCGUUCAAGGGAACGAUGGACAAUUGUAUCGAAGUAGGCCGAUGCCAGGAAAAUCGGAAACAACAACGGUUCCUGGUGAUGCAGACGGCCCUGUCGAGAUUCCUCCAGGAACACCGCGCUCUCCAUCGAUGGUUGAAGCUGGUAUCGCGUCGCAAAGACAGAGUCAGGUAAUACGUGGACGUUCGAGCAUUGCAACACUGCCAAAGCGUACGAGCACUCGCAGAGUUUCAGAAACAUCUAGGGAAGCUAAGAAUGUAGAAAUUCCCAUGGGACCAUCGACCCCACCGAGUGCGGAAGCCGGAACGACGGUUGACGAUAGUGAGACGGUUCCAGAGCCUCCGGCUCCGAUGGAUGAAGUCGUGCGUGAACCUUCUCUCGUUACCAACCAGGGAGAAGAGGAAGAAAUGGAAAUGCUCACGGAGGCUGACGAGUAAAAAAAUGUUUUGAGAGCUUGAAAAGGAAAAGCAAAUGAACUUUCAUGGUAAUAAAAAAAUGUUGAACAAA